AGACGGGAACUGUUUAAACCACUAUUGUUUCAAACCGGACGCUUAAUGCCGUGGCACUGUCCUUCACUGCAAGAAAUGCCGACUGUUAUUGUAGAUAUUCAUAUGAGCAGAUGUAAGAUACUGAUGAUGGAGCCGUAAUGAGCUUCUAACUGUGGAGAGUAUAAACAACUAAAAGUCAAACAUGCUGCCAGGAUGUAUAACCGCUGCUUGCCACUAUUUAAAGUGGACUUUGCCUCACUGGAAACCUGCCUUUUCCUUAACUUAUUGUCCAUUAGAGCCAGGGCAAUGGAUUUUAAGACAGACAGGUCUGAGAAGGGCUCAUAGCUGGACUACAGCACCUUCAUCAAGGCUAAACCAGAAGCCGGUCUUUGCCAGAGCUCCAGUGUAUGGAGAAAAGCUUGGAAUCAUAGACAGCAGUGGUAACCACAGCUACAAGCAGCUGUACUGCCGCAGUUUAGGUCUUGCAAAUAGAAUCGGUACAGCUCUGAGCUCAGACUUUGGAGGUCUGGAAGGAAAACGCGUCUCCUUCCUGUGUGCUAAUGACGCCUCCUAUACAGUAGCACAGUGGGCCACUUGGAUGAGUGGUGGGACGGCGGUGCCACUCUACCGAAAACACCCAUCGGCAGAACUGGAGUACAUCAUUUCUGAUUCCCAGACUUCGCUGCUGCUGGCAGCGGACCCCUACACUGAAACCCUCGAGCCUCUGGCACAGAAGCUCGGGCUGCCGUGCCUGAAGCUGCCCCCUACUUCUGACCUGGAUGCUUUAUGUGAGGAAGGCGCACAAGAGAAAGAGACAGCCAUCACUGACUGGGCUGAUCGACCAGCUAUGAUCAUCUACACCAGUGGAACAACAGGGCGACCCAAAGGGGUUCUGCAUACACACAGCAGCGUCCAAGCUAUGGUCCAGUGUCUGGUUUCAGAAUGGGUGUGGUCCAGAGAUGAUGUCAUCCUGCACACCUUGCCUCUCCACCACAUUCAUGGCGUCGUUAACAAGCUGCUGUGCCCACUCUGGGUGGGCGCCACCUGCGUCAUGCUUCCCGAAUUCCAUCCUCAGAAGGUGUGGGAGAUGCUGUUGAGCUCCAAGGCUCCCAUGGUUAAUGUGUUCAUGGCCGUGCCAACUAUUUACUCUAAGCUGAUCCAGUACUAUGAUCAGCACUUCACACAGCCUCAUGUGAAGGACUUUGUCAAAGCAGUCUGCAAAGAGAGAAUAAGGCUGAUGGUUUCAGGCUCGGCUGCUCUCCCGCUUCCCACUCUGCAGCGCUGGGAGGAGAUUACCGGGCACACACUCCUCGAACGCUACGGCAUGACUGAGAUCGGCAUGGCGCUGUCCAACCCUCUCAAGGGCCCACGCGUCCCAGGAGCUGUUGGGUUGCCGCUGCCUGGUGUGGAAGUUCGUAUAGUUAUGAAUAACACAAUUAAUACAACCAUUGUAGAAGGCACUCACAAAGAGACUCAGGUACGAGCAGGUCUGGAGGGGAAAGAGGGGGAGCUUCUGGUUCGAGGGCCAUCUGUUUUUAAAGAGUACUUUAACAAACCUCAGGAGACCAGAGAGUCUUUCACUGAUGAUGGCUGGUUCAAGACAGGAGACACCGCUGUGUAUAAAGACGGCGUAUAUUGGAUCAUGGGUCGCACCAGUGUCGACAUCAUCAAGAGUGGUGGCUACAAGAUCAGCGCGCUCGAUGUGGAGCGUCACCUUCUGGCUCAUCCAGACAUCACGGAUGUUGCUGUGAUUGGAGCCCCAGAUGCCACCUGGGGUCAAAAAGUCACUGCUGUAGUGCAGCUGAAGAGGGGCAAAAGUAUGACUUUGCCAGAAUUGAAGACCUGGGCAAGGGAGCACAUGGCACCCUACAACAUACCUACAGGCCUGGUGGUGGUAGAGGAGAUGCCGAGGAAUCAGAUGGGCAAGGUCAACAAGAAGGACCUCCUGCGACUAUUCUUUUCAUGACUGGAAAACUUGCAUGACAACAUACAUGUGCCUGGAUAAAGAACUGCAGGUGUACAUCACAUCCUGGCCGUUUCUCUCUGCUUCUUUCAGUAGAUGAGUGCACACAGGUAGACAGAGAGGAGGCAGAAAAGUAAAUAAAGACAUCGUGGAAACAUUUGAGGAAACUUAUUCCCAACUAUAAAUACAUUAUAAAUAUAAUUUAUAUGUAAAAUGUAAUACACAGCGGAGGCGACAUCAUAACCACUUGCGAUCAGCUGCCAUCUUCAAAACAACAUUGGUGCAUCAAUACUGAUAAAACGGCAAAUAAAAAGGAGACAGCCAGUUUCACAGUUUGCGAGUGAAUGGGGUCAAGUUGGCAAAUAAAUGCAAAAAUCGAAUAUAUCAGGAUAUAUCAUUGUAAAUACAUUGCUGUCUUCAAACACAGAAAGCCAGAUUACAGAAAUUCACAUUAACUUCUUACGUUCAGCACAAGCAGAACCUCGUAGGUUUGAAACAGAAAUUCCUCCACAAAGUAGUUGUUGCUACGGUGAUUUAACUAUGUAACCGGAAUACAGCCAGCUGGCAACCAGUUACAAAGAGUUUGUGCCCAUUGGUGGAAACUGAUGCAGAUUGAUUGCAAUAUGUUUGCACCCUGUUAUUAAUUAUUUGCCAAUCUCUCUGAGAGUGAGUGCAGUCAGUCUAUGAUUGGUGGGAGACAGGUUUCCUCACAUUUGGAGGUCACCUGUGGAGUCACAUUGCAAUCUGUAACUAACUAAAUGCAAGUAGUUGCAGUGAGCAAGUAGUACUGGAAGUACUUCGAAUCGAUCUCAAACAGCAAAGACAUUCAGCCAUCAUUCAGUCACUGGGCAAACAUGUUAACUGUCUACCACUUUUUACUCUUCUGUGACAUUAGAAAACUGUGGAAAUCAUCAGUCUGAUAUUUGUUUGGAACAGUAUUAAACAGAACUUCUGCAAGGAGACACAGUGUUAGCGACACAAAAUUAGCCAAAUUAGCUUCAAAAAGGUGUGGUAUAAACAGUGUUUCUGUACAUGUUUGCUGUUAUCCAGGUCAUAUACUUAGGUCCAAGAGAUUUGAUUCAAACUUGAGGGAACUUCUUGUCUUCAGGAAUCAAAAAGAAGACCCUUUGUCUUCUACUGAAGUACUUAUCAUAUAAAAAAACAAACACUUCAGCUGUGAGUGUGCUUUCAAAUGAUGCUACUUUCCCACAAUGAAAGGUGCGUAGAGGACCUUUUUAGAGCUAAAAAAAAAUGUGAAUCUGUUGCAAAUGUUUGUGGCAGCUCUUGGAAAACAAAAUAAAUAUGAAAUUUCAAACACUUUGUGAAGUGUUUUGCACCCAGCGAAACUGAGGGGUCCGCUCUUCAAUCUGCAUUAAUGAGAGGGGAACAGCUAGCUGUGGUGUGCAUGCAUCGUGAUGACCAGGAUUUUCAAACGCUCCACUAAAAAAAUGCUCGCACCCAGAAGCAGCGUUUGGUAAAUGUGCUCUUAUUGGAAUAUUCUGAUGUUUGAUUGGUGAAAAUGGUGUGAUCAGAGAAUACGCAAUGACAGCUUUUUGUGGUAGAGUGGUGUAACCAGAAUUAAGGAUCAUGGUUAAUUAAACCUGCACUAAACAAAAUGAAAGCGGGUGCGGUGGUAAAUCAGGAGAAAGACGAUGAACACUGUUGGGUUGAUUUAGUUUUGUAAACACACUGAUGCACUUGGAAUAACAGACAGUUUUCAUAUGAAAAUUAAAAAGUUUUGGAAAUUUUUAAUUAAAAAGUGUUUUGGAAGUUA